UUUGUGGAAAGUCAGAUAAUUUUUGACAGCUGACCUUUUUUAUUUGUCUUUUUGUUUAUUUUUUAGUGUCCAUUGUUUCUGGGAAUAACAAAAUUUUCAAUUUUCAUUGUAAAAAAUAAAUAGAAAAAUAUAAAAUAAAUGGCAUCAGCAUCCGCAAUGGACGUGGACACUGACGAAGUAGAAAUGCCCACAUCGAGCAGCUCAAAGGGGGAAAAAAAGCGGUUCGAAGUGAAAAAGUGGAAUGCAGUAGCCCUAUGGGCCUGGGAUAUCGUUGUUGACAAUUGCGCUAUCUGCAGAAAUCACAUAAUGGAUUUGUGUAUAGAAUGCCAGGCUAAUCAGGCCUCCGCUACCAGCGAAGAAUGCACUGUCGCUUGGGGCGUUUGUAAUCACGCUUUCCAUUUUCAUUGUAUCUCGAGAUGGUUGAAGACCAGGCAGGUUUGUCCAUUGGACAACAGGGAGUGGGAAUUCCAAAAGUAUGGACACUAAGCAGAAGAAGAGUCUCGAUUUUUUUGUUUCAUAAUAUGUAUUUUUUCGUGCAGCAAAUUAAUAAGUAUAUUUUUUAUUUGGGUCAGUUAGUUGUUUUGCUGCUUGAACAACGUGAACAAUUUCAUGUAUUUAUAAAAUAAAAAUAAAUAACAAUCUUGCAAUAAUUGGUAUACUUAGAGUAACUCGAACAAUAGAAUUAGUGCAGAUGGAAUGCUUAGAGUAAUUUAAAUCAAGUUAGUGCAAAUGAAACAA